AUGUAUUUUGGCCAAUUCUAUGCAUGUGUACACUCUGCCAGAGCAAUUCAUAAGACAGAGCUUGCUAUCUGCGGUCCCAAAAAUCUUAGGAGACGUUUGGAAAAUCUUUGGAAAGCAGUAAAGAAGUCCAGAGAGUCCACAUUAUUCAAUAGCAAAAUUUUGCAGGCUUUCACUAUGGUAUUGAUCAAGAUUUUUCAAUCAGUUCUAGAACUUAUUGAUACUGAUUGUUUUUUUCGUUAUCAAUGGUUUUGCAGGUUUUUAGGAGACUCUAAGAUUGAUUGA